UGAAUUAUUUAGCGGUUUUAAAUGUAAAAAUUAAACGCCCGUAAGUGAUAAGUUUCAUGUUUAUAAUAAUGAACAUGUAUCGUAAGUAUAUUAAUAUGUUUAAAUAGAGAUUUACAAUAAAAGAAAAUACUUGACAUUAUUUUAUUUUUGUACACUGUCAAGAAAAUUAGAGUGAUCUCCCCUGGAUCACCUGUUCACUUCCUGUGUUUUGACAUGUUAUUUCAUGCGAAAUACAUGUGAGAAUUUGCACUAAUAACAUAGUCUACCGGCUCAGUUUUCGUUGUCUAGUCAAAUAACAAUAACAAAAAAAUGGCUGAUGAAAAAGAUGUUGUCACAGAUCCUAAUGAAGAAGGAAUUCUGAAGACAGUUGAUGACUUGAAAAUGUCCAGGACAGAAGAACCCGAGUACACUGUGGACUUUGAGAAGCUUAGGGACAAAAUAGUGUAUGAUGGAAUGGGGAACAAAAUCAAGUUUGGAGACAUUUAUAAAAUGCAGAAAACUAUUAUUGUAUUUGUUCGGCAUUUGUUGGAUUUUGUAACAAAGGACUAUGUGGAGGACCUGGGUAUGAUACCAUUAGAGUACUUGCAAGCUUCUGAUGUAAGACUGGUGGCCAUUGGACCAGCACCAUAUAAAUUUAUCAAUGAUUUUAAAAAGGAAACUGGUUUCAAUUACACAUUUUACUGUGAUCCUGAGAGAGAAUUGUAUAAGGAGUUACAAUUAGGUCAGGAUUUAGAGCCUACAGAUGUUAGCAAAAGCAAACAUGUAAAACAGAAUUCAUUAAUGGGUGUGUUAAGAGGAAUGUGGAAAAUAAUGCGUGUUCAGGAAUGGCAAGGAGAUGUAAAACAACAAGGGGGUGCUUUUAUAAUUGGGCCAGGAGAAGUUGUACAUUACACUCACAUAGAUAGGAACCAGAUAGAUCAUGCACCAAUUAAUGAUUUACUUAAAAAAGCUGGGGUACAGCAAGUUAGUUUUCCUAAAGACCCGAGAGUACAGGACUUGUAGCUUAUUAUUAUGUAUAUAUGUGGCCAGGAUUACCACAUAUAUUAGGCAAUGAGGAUACUGCUGCUGUUGUUUGUAGAGUUAUGGAGCAUCUAUAAUACAACAGAAAAACAUGAAAAAGUGCAAUUACUCAGGAAAUCCUAUGUGGAACAGAAAGUGUUAUUUUGUAAAGUUAAGAUAUGCUGUUAAGUGGGACGUACUUCCAUAGUUAAUUACAUGCAUGUUGUAUAGAUAACAACAAGCAAUUUUAUCACAUACCCAUACCACUUUUGCAACUGGUAUUAGACAGCUGUGUAUUUAUUUUGAUGUGACAUCAUUUGCAUUAUACAGUUAUAGUGUAUCAGCAUUACACUUUAGGUGCAUUAAUGAAAAUUGAUUCUUUUUCACUUACAACAGUCUUAAUUUUGGGUAAUGUGAUAAAUUAAAUAUUAUCUUCAUGUAGGUUCAAAAUUUAAAUUUAUCACUCACCCGUGCCGAUUUUGCGACUCCGUAGAUAUGGUAUUGGCAUGGCUAUGCAUAUAUUUUGACGUGACGUCAUUAGCGUUAUACAAACAUAGUGUAAAGAUGCGCUAAAUGUUUAGCGUAAAUCUAUAGGCGUGUCAAUGAAAAAUGACUCUUAUUUCACUUUAAACGGUCUUUAUUUUGGGUAUGUGAUAAAUAGAAUAUUAAAUUCGUGUAAGUUCAUUACUGAAUUUAUUGCACUCGUUGAAUAAAAUAAUAUUAUGCUCGCCAGAGGCUCGCAUAAUAUAAUUUAAUUCAACUUGUGCAAUAAAUUCAGUAUUGAACUUACACUUUUUCAAUAUCCUCUAUUUAUGAAGAAAUUUAAUAAAAUAAUAUAAUACUUGCCAAAGGCUUGCAUAACAUAAUUUUAUUCAGUUUGUUCAAUAAUUCAGUAUUGAAAUUACCAUAUACAUAAUAUAUGAAUGGUAAAGAGAAAAACAUGUCUUCUGGUAUUAUAAUAAGUUUAAUGAUAUCUAAAUACAUUUACUUAAUCUCAGUGUAGUAGUCUAAGAGUAUGAUUACCGGAUAAGUUGGUGCAGGGGAAUGGGAAAUUUUGCAUAAUUUAUUGUCUUUCAUGUUUCUAAUCAUAAAAUGAUCAUAAGUCUGAUAUUUGCAGUAUAUAACUGCUGUAUGUUUAUCAUGACAUAUCAUGUACUCUCAUGAAAACUUCAUUUCAAAGUUUGUAAAGGUUAGUGUUUUGAGAACAUUGGCAUAAAUAAUUGAUAUAUAAUUUAUCAAAAUAUUAUGAUAGGUAGAAUUUAUAAGCAGAUGAAUUGCUAAAUGUUGAAUGAUUUCAUUGAUAGAAGUCAAAAAUAUAUCUUGACAAAAUAUACCUUUAAUGCUGAUUUAUUUUACCAUGUCUGUAUAUUUUGAAGAAUGGUUUUCACUAUGAAUGUCUUUGAUUAAAACCUUAGUUUAAGGUGAUUUUAUUGUAAUUGUGUAUGGUUUAUAUACAAUUUAUAAAUCAUUUCAUAUAGAUAAUGAAUUACAAAUGUUAAUCUAAUGUUAACCAAAAUAUCUCUGUAAUAUCAAUAAAUGAUAUAGAAAAUGUGCACAUGUAGCACUCUACAUGUACUUAACUACUUUUGACAUCACCAUUUUUAAUUUAAUUGACAACCACAACUUUAAGUGGACAACCUUAUCUUUAAUCUCAUUUCAAAGUUGACAGUGCAAUCUAAAACUUUACUUCCUCAUUAUAAAAUUGCAAAUUCAUAUUGCAAGUUCAUAUUGCAAGUGUUGUCAUCUAAAACUUGACAUUCUCAUCUUUAAACUUGACAUCCUAAUCUAAAAUUUGACAUUAUCAUCCAAAUGUCCUCAUGUCCAACUCUCAUCUUAAAGUUGACAUAUCAUCUAAAAUUUGACAUUCUCAUCUAAAAGUAGACGAUGUCAUCUGAAAAAUUGACAGUGUAAUCUAAACAUUGGACGUUGUUGUUACUUACCUAAACGUUCAUAUCCUCCAUUUAAAUUUGGUCAUAUAGAAUCAUUAUCCAUGCCAGAUGGAAUAAAGUUGAGCAUUAAUUUCAUUUUACCCCUCAUUAAUAUAUACAAAUAUUUAUAUAGUCAAGAAGGUUUUGUAAAUACCCCAUACUUUGCACACAAACUGUAUCAAACCAGCUGAUUUUUUUAUGGUUGUAAGGUAUUUUAUAUAAUGUUCAAGAUUGCAUUGAUGUGAAAAAAUAAAAAAUGAUGUGAUUUUAUGCUAUAAUUCAGACAAGCUUUACACUUAUCUUUUGCAAACCAAAAUAUUUUACAGAUGUAAAAGCUUAGAUUGACCAAUAAUAUCAUAAAUUGUCUUUUAUUUACUAUUCAUAAUCAUUUUGAUCGAGUACAUUAUAUCCAGUUAUCUUUGUUUUGAUCUCACACAUUUGCACACAUUGUGUGUUCUAGCACUGGUUGCAUUGUGAUGUUGACUAUAUUCUCUAUUUUUCUGCUGUUUUUUGCAUGAAAUGUACUUUACUUGUCUUGAAUGAUUUUAAAUGUUUUCUGUAGAUCUAUUUUGUUCCACUUGUAAUCAUAGUACUUGUAGUUUAUAGUUUUUUUAGCUCACCUGUCACAAAGUGACAGGGUGAGCUUUUGUGAUCGCUUUUCGUCCGGCGUCCGUCCGUCCGGCGUCCGUCCGUAAACUUUUGCUUUAAAUGACAUCUCCUCAUAAACCACUGAGCCAAUUUCAUCCAAACUUCACAGGAAUGUUCCUUUGGUGGUCAUCUUUAAAAAUUGUUCAAAGAAUUUAAUUCCAUGCAGAACUCUGGUUGCCAUGGCAACCAAAAGAAAAAUCUUUAAAUAUCUUCUUUUAAAGAACCAUAAGAGCUAGAGCUUAGAUAUUUGGCAUGAAACAUCUUCUAGUAAGUGUCUACCAAGUUUGUUCAAAUAAAAGCCCUGGGGUCAAAAUUGGCCCCGCCCCAGGGGGUCAUUGAUUUUCCCUAUAUGCAUAUAGUAAAAACUGAAAAAUUCUUCUUUUAAAGAACCGUAAGAGCUAGAGCUUAGAUAUUAGGCAUGAAACAUCUUCUAGUGAAUGUCUACCAAGUUUGUUCAAAUAAAAGCCCUGGGGUCAAAAUUGGCCCCGCCCCGGGGGGUCAUUGAUUUUCCCUAUAUGCAUAUAGUAAAAACUUAAAAAAUCUUCUUUUAAAGAACCUUAAGAGCUAGAGCUUAGAUAUUAAGCAUGAAACAUCUUCUAGUGAAUGUCUACCAAGUUUGUUCAAAUAAAAGCCCUGGGGUCAAAAUUGGCCCCGCCCCGGGGGGUCAUAGAUUUUCCCUAUAUGCAUAUAGUAAAAACUUAAAAAAUCUUCUUUUAAAGAACCGUAAGAGCUAGAGCUAAGAUAUUAAGCAUGAAACAUGUUCUAGUGAGUGUCUACCAAGUUUGUUCAAAUUAAAGCCCUGGGGUCAAAAUUGGCCCCGCCCCGAGGGGUCAUUGAUUUUCCCUAUAUGCAUAUAGUAAAAACUUAAAAAAUCUUCUUUUAAAGAACCGUAAGAGCUAGAGCUUAGAUAUUAAGCAUGAAACAUCUUCUAGUGAAUGUCUACCAAGUUUGUUCAAAUAAAAGCCCUGGGGUCAAAAUUGGCCCCGACCCGGGGGGUCAUAGAUUUUCCCUAUAUGCAAAUAGUAAAAACUUAAAAAAUCUUCUUUUAAAGAACCCAAAGAGCUAAAGCUAAGAUAUUAAGCAUGAAACAUCUUCUAGUGAGUGUCUACCAAGUUUGUUCAAAUUAAAACCCUGGGGUCAAAAUUGGCCCCGCCCCGGGGGGUCAUUGAUUUUCCCUAUAUGCAUAUAGUAAAAACUUAAAAAAUCUUCUUUUAAAGAACCAUAAGAGCUAGAGCUUAGAUAUUUGGCAUGAAACAUCUUCUAGUGAAUGUCUACCAAGUUUGUUCAAAUAAAAGCCCUGGGGUCAAAAUUGACCCCGCCCCAGGGGGUCAUAGAUUUUCCCUAUAUGCAUAUAGUAAAAACUUAAAAAAUCUUCUUUUAAAGAACCCAAAGAGCUAGAGCUAAGAUAUUUAGCAUGAAACAUGUUCUAAUGGGUGUCUACGAAGUAUGUUCAAAUAAAAGCCCUGGGGUCAAAACUGGCCUCGCCCCGGGGGGGGGGGGGUCAUUGAUUUUCCUUAUAUGUGUUAUAAUAGCAAAAACUUAAAAAUCUUCUUUGAAAAAACCCAAAUAGCUAGAGUUUAGAUAUUAAGCAUGAAACAUCUUUAAGUAAAUAUCUACAAAGUUUGUUCAAAUAAAAGCCCGGGGGUCAAAACUGGCUCUGCCCCAGGGGUGUCAUUGUUUUAAACUAUAUGUGUAUAGUAAAAACUUUAAAAAUCUUCUUUUAAAAAACCCAAUGAGCUAGAACUUAGAUGUUUAGCAUGAAACAUCUUCUUAUGGGUGUCUACCAAGUCUGUUCAAAUAAACAAAUAAAAGCCCUUGGGUAAAAAUUGGCCCGGGGGUGGGGGGGGACCUAUAUACAGGUGAGCGACCUCAGGGCCAUCAUGGCCCUCUUGUUUUUCAUUUUCAUAGAAUUUCUGUCUGAAAAAAAUGAAAUCCAAUAAAUUGAUUGUAUUUGUAUAUUAUCAUCUAAAUAUUUAUUAUAUAUUUUAUGUUUUUUUUAUUUACAUUGCAUGCAAUGUACUUUUUUGAGAUUAAUCAAAUUAUUAUCUGUAUACUAAAGCUCUGAGAUCUACGUUAAAACAUUGUGUGAAAACAGUGUUAAUCUUUUAUAAGUAAUAAAAGGGAAUGCUUCAUUUUUCCUUGUCUGUUAGAUGAAAUUAGUAUAUUUUUUACAUUUAGAAAUAUUGCUUUAGUAAAGGUGUCUGCUGACAAAAUAUUCUGAUACUAUAAUGUUUUUUCUGUAGAAUUGUGUCCUUUUAUGCCUCAAAAAUACUCCUUUUUCCAGCUAUGCAAGCCAACUUCUAAGAAGGACAUUGGUUGAAUCACAAUCAGUGAUACUUCUAGUUUUAUCUUUCCAUAUUAAAGGAUUUGGUAACAUAUCAGUUAAAAACAUUAAAAUUUAAUUAAACUUUAAAGACACAAUACAUCUAUGAUCUAUAUUUGUAUUAGAAUAACAAAACAAAGAGAUAAAUAAAUUUAAGAAAUGAAGACUGACAAAAAAUCAGUAAUUGAUUUCCUAGAUUUGUACUGCAGCAUUACCCUUUUUUGGUUCUUGUUGUCCUUAAUUAAGUGUUUUUGAAGUAUUUAUAUAUUAUACUUACAAAUGUAAUUCAUAUUUACACAUUUGUAUAUAUGCUCAUGCAAUAAAACAUUAUUAUAAACUUUA